AUGGAAGGGGAUCAGGCCACGAUGACUUAUAGGCCGCUCUAUACUACUCUGGCUAAUAUCAAACAAGAACCCGGUGAGUCUUUACAAGACUAUUUUAAACAUUUAAAUGUUGAAGUAACGAAAGUCGAGAAGGCUCCCAAGUCUUCGCUUGUUUGUAUGUUAAUAACAGGUGUCCUGCCAAGAACCAAUUUUUGGAAGGAGUUACAAGCCCGAAGACCAGAAUCACUAGUCGAGUUCUUCGCUAUGGCCGAACCUCAUAAGAGAAUUGAGAAUUCUCUAGCAGAAUUGGAAAAAGGCAAGGACAAGCAUAAGUCACCAGUGCCGCGAUCGCGAUCUUGCAGUCCCCGAGGGAAAAAUUCCAGAGGUCGAAGCCCAAGAAGACGCAGCCCACGGAGACAGCAAAGCCCAAAGUUGGCCAAAUCUCCUCCAAAGAAGGAGUCUUCGCCGAAAAGGAAAGGUGGACUGCGCUUCGUGAACUAUACAGAACUCGCGGUGCCACGAGACCACAUCUACGCAAUUGAGGAAAAUAAUUGGGUCUUCAAGAAGCCGCCCCUGAUCAGGGGAAACCGCAACGAAAGGGACCCCAAGAAAUUUUGUAAGUACCAUAAAGAUAUUGGUUACACUACUCUGGAAUGUUGGGUCUUGCAGGAUGAGAUCGAAGAAUUGAUCUGGAGGGGAAAAUUUAGCAAGUAUAAAAGGAAUGGGGAAGAUCAUCCCCGAGCGGAUGACAAAGAAGAAAACCAAGGCGCCAGUGGCUCGAGAACACCUUACAAUAUAUUAACAAUCAUUGGAGGGCCCCAUAUCACAAAAGACUCCCGGAAGUCACAAGAGCGAUAUGCCAAGGAAGCUAAAGAGAAGUCGCUCACCAACGUAAACAAUCUCAAUGAGCGGCCAGAGAAAUUAUUUAAAAGAGUAUGUGACGACAUCACGUUCAUGGAGAGUGAUGCGAGAUGGGUCCAUCACCUGCAUUCUGAUGCACUGGUCAUUGUCGCUAAUAUUGGCGGAGACAAUGUCCACCGUGUACUCGUAGACAAUGGAAGUUCAGUGAAUCUCUUGAACUUUCAAGCCUUCAAACAAAUGGGGUUGCAUGAGAAGGAUCUGCGACCUGUAACGUCGAGUAUAUAUGGUUUUACCGGCAACGUCAUUACACUGAAAGGGAUGAUUAAACUCCCGAUUACCUUGGGAACUGCCCCCGUAACAGCCAAGUCAAUGGCUGACUUCGCGCAGCGAGAACAACUAACGACUUUUCUCAAACAAAAUCUUGAUGUUUUUGGUUGGAAACAUUCAGAUAGGGUCGGAAUAUCUCUGCAGGUCAUGUGUCAUCGAUUGAACAUUGACCCCGAAGCGCGAGGUGUCUGA